AUGGCUUUCACACCCAGAGGCGGACGUGGCGGUGGUGACCGUGGUGGUCGCGGAGGCUUCACUCCUCGCGGCGGUGCUGGCGGACGUGGUGGCCGCGGUGGAGGUCGUGGUGGCUUUGGCGGCGGCUUUGGCGGCGACCGUGGUGGCCGUGGAGGAGCUCGCGGUGCUCCUCGCGGAGGUCGUGGUGCCCCUCGCGGUGGUGGACGCGGUGGUGCCCGUGGCGGUGCUCGUGGUGGAGCCAAGACUAUUGUCGAGCCUCACCGUCACGCUGGUGUCUUUGUUGCCCGCGGAAAGGAGGAUCUUCUCGUCACCAAGAACCUGACACCCGGCGAGAGCGUCUACGGCGAGAAGCGCAUCAGUGUUGGUGCCGAUAAGCCUGAGAACAGCGAUGAUGCCGCUCCCUCUGCUGUUGAGUACCGUGUCUGGAACCCCUUCCGCUCCAAGUUGGCUGCCGGUAUCCUCGGUGGCGUCGACAACAUCUACAUGGGACCUGGAUCCAAGGUCCUCUACCUCGGUGCUGCUUCUGGUACCUCCGUCUCCCACGUUGCUGAUAUUGUUGGUCCUGAGGGAACUGUUUUCGCUGUCGAGUUCUCGCACCGCUCCGGUCGUGAUCUGAUCAAUAUGGCCACCCACCGCACAAACGUCAUCCCCAUCGUCGAGGAUGCCCGUCACCCCCUCAAGUACCGUAUGCUCGUCGGCAUGGUUGACUGCAUCUUCGCCGAUGUUGCCCAGCCCGAUCAGGCCCGUAUCGUCGGUCUCAACGCCGGUCUCUUCCUGAAGGUUGGCGGUGGUAUCGUCAUCUCCAUCAAGGCCAACUGUAUCGACUCGACCGCCGCACCCGAGGCUGUCUUCGCUCAGGAAGUCGCCAAACUGAGGGAGAUGGGCAUCAAGCCUAAGGAGCAGCUUACCCUCGAGCCCUUCGAGCGUGACCACGCUAUGGUUGUUGGUGUCUACGAGCGCGCUGCCAAAUAG